GCGGCGACAGAGAGAGCGAGCAGCUUCGGCGGCGUCUCCGCGGCGGCUCCCCUAGUCGACGAGGCCUGCCUUUCGCCACCGCGGCCGCUCGAUGGCUCCGGGACCGAUUAGGCGGCCCUGACGGGCUACCCAAGCGGGAACGAGGAGGAGGGAGGCAGCGGCUCCUCCUCCUCCUCCUGCUGGCCGAAGGGAGGGAAUGGGCUUCCCUGAGUCAGGCAAGAAGCAGGCGGAGGGAGCGCCAGCCUGUGAAUCCCAACUCCGCGGUGGCGGCAGCAGCAGCAAGUCGCCGCCGCCGCCGCCUGCGCAGGACCCCACCCUGCGCCGAGCAAAGCGAGCCUUUCUCGGAGAGCAAGCUGCCUGCAGGCCAGCAGGUUUUCCACUUAAUUCCGCCACUGGAUACUGACACCAUUUAGCUACAAUCUUUGGUGUCUUCAUGACUGGCUUUCAGAUAGUGAGAAAGAAACGUUUUAAAGAAUGGAGUUGGCUCACAGCUUGUUACUUAAUGAAGAGGCCUAUAACCAGCGGGGUGAAUCUCAGAAAGCAGAGUUCGCUUUUGAAUGGCUAAGGUUUUUGGAAAAACUUCUACCAACUACUAAUAGAGCUGAUAUAAAGGAAAAGCAGAGCAAGCUUGUUCAACAACUUGUAUUUUUGUUAACCAGCUCACCAGGGCCUCCUGCCAGGCAGCUCAUUGCCAAAAACCUUGCUGUACUGUAUAGCUCUGGAGACAUCUUUUCUGUUCAUCAAACAAUUGACAAAUGCAAUGAACUUAUUCGUAGUAAAGAUGAUUCACCAAGCUAUCUUCCUACAAAGCUUGCUGCAGUGGUUUGUUUGGGCUAUUUAUACAAAAAGCUGGGAAGAAUUUUGGGCAACAGCUUUAUAGAUACUGUGGGAAAUAUCCUUAAAGCAAUGAAGAAUGCAGAGUCUCAAGGGCGGUAUGAGAUCAUGCUAAGUUUGCAAAAUAUUUUGAAAGGGCUGGGAGCUGCUGCUAUUCCAUGUCACAGAGAUAUUUACAAAGCUGCCCGUUCCUGCUUAAUGGAUAGAUCAAUGGCAGUUCGAUGUGCUGCUGCAAAGUGUCUUCUUGAACUUCAGAGUGAAGCAACCUUUAUAUGGAGUACAGACUUGGACAGCAUUGUGACUCUGUGCUUCAAGUCUUUUGAAGGAUCCAAUUAUGAUGUGCGAAUGGCUGUUUCUAAGCUGUUAGGCUGUGUGUUAGUCAGUGCUGUAACAUCUAAACAAGGCACAGCAUCUGCAAGACAAAAUGUUCGUAAAAUUUCAUUUGAAGAAGCUUUGGAACUCCUGGCAACAGGUUUCCUUCGCGGCAGCUCUGGAUUUCUCCGAGCCAGUGGUGAUAUCCUGAAGGGGACCAGUUCAGUCAGCAGGGAUGUUAGAGUUGGAGUCACACAGGCGUAUGUGGUAUUUAUCUCCACUCUAGGAGGGCAGUGGCUUGAAAAGAAUUUCUCUGCCUUGCUUUCCCAUGUUCUGGACCUUGUCUCUCAGUCUCACCCUAAAGCUAUUCAGACUCAGAUGGACGCUAUCUGCUGCCGCCGUUGUAUUUCAUUUAUCCUCCAAGCUACAGUAGGAGGCCUUCUUGGGGAAAAAGCUCAAAUUGCAACUGCUAAGGAGAUUUGUCAAGCCAUCUGGAAGCUGAAGAAAGUUAUGGAUGCUGCAACAAGUGAUUCUAAUAUGGAAACCCAUGUUGGUACAACAGCUGUAGUAGGAAGCCAACAUAUGCUUAUAUGUGCCCUGGAAGAGCUUGGAAACCUCAUAUAUAGCUUAGGUACUACUGCUGCACCAGUAAUGCAGGAUGCAAGUACAGGGCUUUUGGAUGUAGUCAUCUCCGUCAUCCUUCACCCAAGCCUUGCAGUUCAGCUUGCAGCAGCAUGGUGCUUACGCUGCAUUGCUGUAGCAUUACCCUGUUUCCUCUCCCCACUUCUGGAUCGCUGUAUUGAGCGACUCACCGCGCUGAAAUCCUCCCCUGAAGCAGUGACUGGGUAUAGCUUUGCUAUUGCAGCUUUAUUGGGAGCUGUCAGACAAUGUCCUCUAGGAAUUCCACAUUGCAAAGGAAAGAUCAUCAUGACAGUCGCUGAGGAUUUAUUACGUACUGCUUCUCAAAAUAGUCGCAUUUCAGUACAAAGAAUGCAAUCUGGAUGGCUUUUGAUAGCUGCCCUAAUGACAUUGGGUCCUGCAGUUGUCCAGCAUCAUCUUCCAAGAAUGCUUCUGCUCUGGAAGUGUGCAUUCCCCAUAUCACCUAAAGAUUUAGAAACUGAGAAGAACCGAGGUGAUUCAUUUACGUGGCAAGUGACGUUGGAAAGCCGAGCAGGUGCUCUCUGUGAUGAAGUUAUUCAGAGACUCCUUCCUCCUGUCCCAUGUGCUGUAGACUUAUUGACACAGCUUCCUUCACUAAAUAAAACCUAUGGCAAUCCUCUAAAAUCAGCAUCAAUGACAUAUAGAAAAAGACUUUAUGAGUUGCUUAGUUUAUUACCUCCAAAGACAUAUGAAGAAAGCUUUUCUGCAGUUCUCAAAGAACUGGUGCUUGAUUUGACUCAACCUGAUAGCCAGAUAGCAACCUCUGUUGGUUAUCUUCCAUCUUUCCCACACCAGAAUGAACUUGCCUUACUUGGCCCCAUACUGCAGGAGACAGAACACAGAUUCAUUGAAGAGCAGUUGCUCUUAGUUAACAGUAUGGCUGGUGGGAGUCUAGAGUAUGACCCAUAUUCAGUUUGUGAAAAGUCUGCAGAAGGCGAUUCAGUGCCUAAGCCCUUACCGCCAAAUUUAUCCAUUAUCAGCGCAGCAACCCGUCUCUUUGGUGUAGUAUUUCCUUAUGUUGCAGAGUCCCAAAGGCAUCAGAUAUUAGAACAGUUACUGACAUCUGUAAAACAAACGAAGGGAUCACGGCAGAACAUUGUACAACAAAAUGUUAUGCUGGCAUUUUCUAAUGUUCUGAAGCAUUUGUCUAGCUGCAAGGGAAAUUUAGGUUCUGAGGAAGUCCGAAGCUGUGCCCUGACCUUAGUGCUGAAUGCCUUGGAAAGCAGUAAUCCCCUUCUGAGAUGUUCUGCUGCUGACUCCCUAGCAAGGCUUGCACAGGUAGUUGCAGACAGCACCUUCACUGCUGGAUUGGCACAAAUCAGCUUUGACAAGCUAAAAUCUGCUAGAGAUGUGAUAUCAAGAACAGGGCAUUCCUUGGCUCUUGGAUCUCUGUAUAGAUACCUGGGUGGAAUAAGCUCUACUCAGCACCUGAAUGCAUGUGUUGGAAUACUUUACACAUUGUCUCAGGAUAGUACUUCACCUGAAGUCCAGACGUGGGCACUGCACUCCCUGUCCCUGGUCAUUGAUUCUGCUGGCCCUUUGUAUCAUGUGCAUGUGGAACCUACCCUUUCUCUUGUUCUCAUGUUGUUGCUUACUGUGCCUCCUGCUUAUGCUGAAGUACAUCAAAGCCUUGGUUGCUGUUUAAAUUCUCUUAUCGCCAGUUUGGGUCCCGAGUUGCAAGGCAGUAGCUCUACAAUCUCAGCCUUAAGGGCUUCUUGUCUCCUGGGCUGUGCAGUGAUGCAGGAUAAUCCUGAUUGCCUUGUCCAAGCUCAAGCCAUCUCUUGCCUUCAGCAGCUUCAUAUGUUUGCUCCACGUCAUGUGAACUUAUCCAGCCUCGUAAGGUGCCUUUGUGAGAUCUUGUUGGAAAAUUCUGUGUUGGUGAAUCUUUCUAGUUCAUAUCUGUUGUUGAGGCGAGCAGUGCUUGCUUGUUUACAUCAGCUUGUGCAGAGAGAGGCAGCUGAAGUAUCUGAACAUGCUGUGGCCCUUGCUAAAGACAGUAGGGAAGACUUCACUCCAGGCAUUAACAUAAGAGAAGUAGGCCUUGAAGGUGCAUUGUUAAGCUUAUUAGACAAAGAACUGGAUCCAAAACUGUGCCAAGAUAUCAGAGAGACCCUGAGCCAUAUGCUUCUAUCAAUGGCUGUGGAAAAACUCUCUUUCUGGUUGAAGCUCUGCAAGGAUGUCCUAGUUGCCUCUGUUGAUAUCUUAACAGUGGCUUCCGUGGAUACAACCCAAGAAGAAGAGGGUGCUCAAGCAGAUGAUGAAUUGGCAUUCGGUUUGGAAAAUGAUGAAAGUUUGCACCCCUUUCCCCACCCUCGGUGGUCUACUAGAGUUUUUGCUGCCGAGUGUGUUUGUAAAAUUAUCAAUCAAUGUGAGAAUGCAGACAACACUCACUUUGAUCUAGCUCUUGCACAGGAAAUGAAGCAAAGAGAUUCAAGAGAUGAUUUCCUAGUACUGCAUUUAGCUGACUUGAUCCGCAUGGCAUUUAUGGCUGCCACUGAUCACAGCGAUCAGCUUCGUCUUUCUGGCCUCCAGAUGUUACUUGUUCUUGUUCAAAAGUUUGCUGCUGUACCAGAACCAGAGUUCCCGGGUCACCUAAUUUUGGAGCAGUAUCAAGCAAAUGUUGGUGCAGCACUUAGACCAGCCUUUACCCCAGAAACACCCCCUGAUGUAACUGCAAAAGCAUGUCAGGUUUGCAGUGCCUGGAUAGCAAGUGGUGUAGUAAGUGACCUUCAUGACCUUCAGAGAGUUCAUCAGCUGCUUGUAACAUCCUUGACUAAAGUACAGGCUGGAAAAGAAGCGCAAAAUCAACUUUAUAAUGAAGGCACAACAACUAUGGAGAUACUGGCUGUGCUAAAAGCUUGGGCAGAGGUUUAUAUAGCUGCAGUUCAAAGACAGAGAAAACAAAGCAACAUCAGUAGACAACCUUUUGUCAUAAACAUAAUAGAGGAGAGCUUUAGAGAUCAGCCCUCUUCAGCCGAUGAACUUCUGGAGCUAGUUCAGCCAGACUUGGGGAAUCUGAGCAAACUCUGGCUUGCUGCACUUCAGGAUUUUGCUCUCUUAACUUUGCCCCUGGAAUACAGCUCUCAACUUCCUGCUGAAGGUGGUGCUUUCUAUACUGCAGAGACAGUUGAAAGUGCAAGACCACACUACCAAAAUGCAUGGGCUCUGAUCCUCCAUGCUACAGCGCUGUGGCUUACUAGCACAGGUUUCCUUGCUGGUGAUUCAGAUGAAGGCUUAACCAAUCUUUCUCGACCUGUCACUCCAACUACUAUGUGUCAAGAUUCUACAUCUAGGGGUCCUGUAAAAUCACCAGAGGAUGUAAACACGGAUAGAUUUCAUCUUGUUUUGGGCAUUAGUGUGGAAUUCCUUUGUUCUCCACGGUCAGAUGCUGCAAUGGAGAAUAUUACUGCUUGUCUACAUGCUCUCCACUCACUGCUUGAUGUUCCUUGGCCAAGGUCAAAGAUUGGUAGUGAUCAGGAACUGAGUGUAGAGCUGCUGAAUGUUUUACAUCGACUUAUACUAACUCGGGAAUCUCCUGACAUUCAGCUUGCUGCUCUGGGAGUUGUACGACAGAUUCUUUUUGCAGCACAGGAGCACGUCAAGGAAAAACGAAGGAGUGCAGAAGUUGAUGAUGGGGCUGAAGAAAAGGAAACAUUACCUGAAUUUGGGGAAGGCAAAGAUACAGGAGGACUCAUACCUGGGAAGUCCUUGGUCUUUGCAACACUGGAGAUGUGUAUGUGUAUCCUUGUAAGGCAGUUGCCUCAGCUGAACCCAAAGAUAACAUGUAGCCCUGGUAUUACAGCUAGAAAACCUCAGCUGUUAUCAGAGAAUGGAAGUAGCCUGGUAUCAGCAGCAUUAGGAAUCCUCUCUGAUGUUCCAGCAGUCUGUUCACCAGAAGGAAGCAUUGCUGUUCUUCCCACUAUCUUGUAUCUGAUUAUUGGAGUCCUCCGAGAAACUGCUGUCAAACUACCUACUGGCCAACUACCUUUGACUGCUGCUGCAUCCUUACAAGCUCUUAAAGGAGUGCUAUCUUCUCCCAUGGCUCGGGCAGAGAAGAGCCGAACUGCUUGGAACGAAUUGCUCCGUAGUGCUUUGGUCACUAUUCUUAAUUUUUGGGAUCAAGAUGGUGCUCACCAAGAGUUAGAUGAAGGAAGUCUUCUGGGUGCAAUCACAGUAUUUAUUUUGUCUACAAGUCCCGAAGUUACCACCAUGGAAUACCUUCAGUCGAGUUGCAUUGAGAAGUUUAAAUCAGCAAUGGAAUCUAAAGAUCCUAUUGUGCAACUUAAAUGCUACCAGCUGCUGCUUACUAUUUUUCAGUAUCCAAACCGUGUGGUGUCAUAUCCUUAUAUUAAUUCAUUAGCCCCAUCAGUUGUCGGCAAACUGCAGGCAACAGAGAAAGCUAAGCCUGAAAAUUCAGCUGAACUUCAAGUUAUUCAGGAAGGGAUAAAGGUUGUGGCUGCUGUUAUAGCCCUUUCUGAGGAAGAACAUCGAACUCAGCUAGUGGCUUCCUUCCUACCCAUCCUCAUUUCUUUUCUUUUGGAUGAGAAUGCCCUAGGAUCAGCUACAAGUUCCGCAAAGUGUCUACAUGAGUUUGCUUUGCAAUAUCUGAUGCAGAUUGGUCCUCAGUAUUCCUCAGUCUUUAAAAAACUAAUGGCUUCAUCUCCAUCUAUGAAAGCAAGGCUUGAAUCAGCUGUGAAGGGCAAUCAGGAAAGUAUCAAGGACAAAACAACACCUAGGCAUUCAAAGAACCCAGGGAAAAGCUCAAGUAUUCAACUAAAGACCAAUUUUCUGUGAAAUUAUAUUUGAAAUCUUAAGCACUUUGAUGAUACUGCAGAAAGUUUUGUUUCCUUCUAGUAGUUUUCAUCAUGAUAAAGGGUGUUUAUUAUCAGUUUAGUUUUUGUGGAACUUUGAAAGCACAUUAAAACCCACUUCCAGAGGCUAGCAUGCAUAUACCUCUUUACCAGUAAGACUGUAGCAGGAAAGCCUUGGCUUCUGGGUGUGAAACAGGAACCUAGCACAGUAUGUUGUAUCUAUUUGCAUAUACAAUUCCCAUUUCAGAAGGGACACCCUUUUGCUCAAUUUGAGUGCUUACUUUAUAAUUUUUUAAGUAGUGUUACUAUUUGCAUUGUUUCUUUCUAAACGCAUAGCAGCAUUCUAAGUAAAACAUACUGAUUUCAUAACGUAUGUUUGAAUCUUCAUAUGCUUCCAUUAAUGUUUCCACAUAGUUGUUUCACAUUCUGCUAUGAGCACAAAUACAUGAGAAUGAACUAAUGCCCAAUUUUUCAAUGCACACAUGCCAGAUGUAUCUAUGCACCUGUAUUUAUGUUUGUUUGUUCUGGUGCAGCACCUCACAGUGUUGCACAAUCAAAUGUUUUAAAAUACUGUACAACUUUGAAUGCUCCAAGUUGUUUGCAAAUUAAGUAUUGUGAGCUGCUUCAGAAGAAAAACCUUAAAAAUCACUCAGUACGUUCUCAUGUUUGGCUCCCAUGGAGUACGGUGAAUCUUAGGAGGGCAAAUUCUCUCAUUUGCUAGAGUUAAUGGCACAAAAUGGAUGACUAGUUCAUUGUGGUAACAAAUGUGGUCGGGCAUUCAUUCAGUGGAUGUACUACAGUUGCAGGCUGGAAUGUAAAAUGGGAAUCUAGGCAUGAAUACAUAAAUGUGGGAUGCCAUUUAGAUUUCACAUUAAGCUGUGAGUCGUUGUUAAAAACAUUGUAAUGCCAUCACAACUUAAUUGUAAUUUUAAUCCAUGAAUUUCUUAUAACUCAGUAAUGUUCUAACUGCUAGUAUAGCAAGUGAGAUCAUACAGUAAAAAUAAUAGAUGUUUUUGCAGUCCAUAGUGUAAUUAUUACUGAGUAUCUUGAAUCUACCUUUAAGAUACAACUGAUAUCCUUAGAAUUCAUAAAAACAUAAAGCUAUUAACAGCUUUAUGAUACAACUCCACUCAGGAAACUGUUUGGAGGAUCUGUAUUUACCAAAUGAAGCACAUAUUGUGACUGAUUUACAAUAUUGAGGCCUUAUGCUCCUUGCAAAACUCCACAUAGUCAGUAAAUAAAUCUUUCAUUGCCAAGUAAACAAUUAAAGCUUACAUAUCAGUUUUUAUUGAAGCUUACAUCUCUUGCUCAGAAUAUAUGGACUGUUUUGACACACUGUGCCUCUACAUAAAGUAUCUCAUUUUGUAUCCUGAUCCAUUUCAUGAGAUUGACUUGGAAACUGAUGGAUGCAUAGACAAUGUACAAUAUAUAUCCUUAUCCAAGGGCAAGGCAAGAGUUACUGAACUGGGCUUGGAUUAUCUUCAGUUGUUGAAUCAUAUGGAACAAAAGGGUACAUUCUAAGCAGUGAAUCAUGUUGUAAUAUAUAGAAAUGUACAGUAGCUUUUGAUUGCUUCAACUCCUACUUUAAUAUUUCAACAAACCUUUUAAAUGGCAGUAUUACCUGAAGCAAGUGCUCAGACAAUUAUAGUAUUGCUAUCUAGCAAUUAGCUGAAAAAUUAAAAAAUAUAUAGAACUGAUUCUCAGGAAGAGGGUAUUGUAUUUUAUUAUAAAUUUUGUACAUACUGUUGUAAAUUGUACAGAAUUAGCCACCAGAGCAAAAUUCUAACAAGUCAUUUUUCUAAUUUACAUAAAUCUAAUUUUCUUCACUUAAAUCUGUGUGCUUGCUAUUUUAUUAAUAAAACUUGCAAUUUUUUUCUAAACUGCAACCCUUCUGUUAAGUACAUUUAUUUCACUGCCUAGUCAUCCUAAGCAUUACUUCUCUUUCCUAUAUUGCAUUCAACUUGCAUUCGCUUUCUACUGUUGUAGCUGUAAUUGAAAACACUCUUAAUGAAACAUUCUUUGAGUUAGUUAUGACAUAUUCUGUCUUGCUAAGUUUACUAUAACUGUUGGUAGCCUUUCGCAACUGCUUGACAAUGAGUCCCAUAUCUGUAAUAUAUCUCAGCUUACACAAUAACGACAAAGAUCUAUCCAGCCACACGAUGAACCAAGCAGACGUCUCUGUCCUGUCAUGGGGCAUGUCCUUUUCUCCCAGCAAACCUGCACAGAUGAUACAGCUCUGUGGUGACCUGGAGGCUUUUUUCUGCAGAUGAUGACUCAAAGAUUACUUCCACAAUUUGACAACAGCCAGGACAACAACAUACAAGCUGUGUCACUCUCUAGCACAUGAGGAAGAAGUAUCCCAACAGCAUAAAGAGGAACUAUUUACUGACCAGAGCCACCUGCCUCCCAGACUACAUCAUGCUAGAAACACAGAUAAUCAGCUCUGUCUCCACAUCUACUCUGGCAACACAAUUACAGGCCCCAACUAUGCCACACACAACAUUAGGGACUGUUUAUUUGUUCCUCUGCUAAUGUGAUCUACGCCAUCCUUUUCGAUCACUGCUCCUUUGCACUACGCAUAGGAGAAUUUCUUUGCGAAAUAAUUUUGAUAUUUUGCGCUGUCAAGUCUCUUCUGACUUAUACUGACCCUAUGAAUGAAAGACUUCCAGAAUGUCCUAUCCUCAA